GAAUAGAAGAGUUUGAAGGGGCUUUGGAGGUCUCCUAGUCCAACCCCUUGUUCAGGCAGGAAGCCCUGCACCAUUUCCGACCAACAGUUAUCUCUCCAAACAGCUCUUCCUGGAGCGCAGGUGGGAUUGCAAACUUUGAUUCGCCUGCAAUGUGCAUCCUUUCCAUCCUCCUAAUCUUUUCUCCGUUCGCCUUACAGCUGGGAUUCACCGACCUGAACUUGGCCGAGUUUGCAGGCUCGGGGCUGACUGUCCGAUGCUGCUUGUUGGAAGGAUACGACACGAAGAACACCAGACAGGACAACUCCAUCCUAAAGAACCGGACCAGAACUUAUCAAGUCCAGAAGAAGUGUUUCAUUCCGGACACUCACGAAAUUCAAGCUAUGCCAGCCAGCAGUCCAAAAUCUCUGGAUACAGCACGGAGCACUCCCGAUCCUCCAGCCUCUCAGACCUGACCCACCGCCGGAACACGUCAACCAGCAGCAGCGCUUCCGGGGGUCUCAGUAUGACGGUCGAAUGCCCGGAGGGUGAACGGGAGCACAGGUUGGAGAAGCCUCCGAGACCUCCCAGGCCCAACCUUUUAUCGGACAGAUCUUCUCGAUAGUAACCUGAGGCUGUUUGUGAGCCGAGAUGGCACGACGACCCUAAGCGGGAUUCAGCUAGCAAACAGAGUUUCGUCUGGAGUUUACGAGCCAGUGGUCAUCGAAACCCAUUAAAUGUGAAUUAGAUGGGUGGUCGUCGUCCUUCCGUCCGUCCCCCACCCCCCGAUGGAAACUUGUCUCAGCAUUUUGGGUGGGUGGUCCUUUCCUCCCCACCCCACCACCCCAUUUUUCUUUUCUUCCUUUCUUUUUUAGUCUUCUCGGCACAUAACAUUCCAGGCAGGACUUCUCAAAUUUUUAUUUUUUGUGGGGAUCCAAGCACUCCACACCUGCCCAGAGGUACUUCAAAAACAGGCACUUUAGGUGGGAUCUGGGAAGGUGUAACAUCGACGAUCUUCAGAAGGACGUCAGAUCAACGUCCGCAUGCAACGGCUCCCUCGGAGGGACGGCAACUCUUGUGCCGAGCGCCACAGUUCGGCGAGCGUGGCUUGACCAAUCCUUUCUCCGCCACCUAGUUUACUGUGAACACUUCCCUCUCCCGUCCAAGGAAGCCUCAAAUGGGAAACGUUGCUAGUCAGGACCGUCGCGAGGAUUCAAGAGCUGGGUUGACCCGCAUCUCCUCUCUUGCAUUGAUCCCUCCCGAGGGCUGAGACCCAAGGAACGGAGGGCCAGCUUACGCCACCGCUUUGAACCGGAAGUCCUCCCCACGUCCUUGUCUUUCAUAGGAAGCCCCUGGUGUGUUUUUGGCCUCCUCAAAAUCCUCCUUUCAAGCAUCCGUGAGCCAUGGAAAGCUUUGCAGAUGUUGAAUGCCACUGUAGCUUGUAGUCCUCCUUCUCCUGCAGGACAAGGAAGGGGGAUGAUCUUGGCCAGCUGCCAUGCACGGCGUGACUCUUGAAGAAGCUCAGAUAUGCCCAGGAAAAGAAAGUUUGGACUUUCCUCAAUGAGAACCGCUCUUGAAUUUUUUCAUUAUUUUUUUUAAAGAACAAUUGUUUGGGGUGACACACAUUCCCUGCUUGCAAGGUGGAGAGAAGUUCUGUGUUCACUUGGUAGUAGAGUAGAAGAAUAUCCCCUAUCAGUUCCAACAGCGUUGCCUUCCAGAUGCAAAAUACAUUGGGUUAGGGUUCUCCUCGCUUGGGUUUUGAUUUGAAACCAAAGGCCUUGAGCAUCGAGAAGGUAUCCGGGUCCUUCUUUUCCUCCUGCCCAAGCGUGGUGGAGAAGUUUCCAUCACGACAGGCCAACAUGCUCCCCAAUCCCUUGCUCUCCCCAUAGAGUGUGUGGAGUCUGUGAUGAGUCCAAACUCCAUAAGCAAUGAAAUGGGGAGAGUAGCAUCAGCGAUCAUCACUCAACUGUGUGUCCUCAACUGAGUUCUUCCACGUUUGGAAGGCGGGGGUGGGGGAACCCCUGGAUUUGUCUUUCCAUCGGAUGGAGUCUUUUAUUGCCCUCUCUCCAUCCAGAUGUUGAGAUUUGUGUAGGGAACACAGCAAGCUUUAGGGCUUGGUGUAGAAGCAGUGAAGCUUAUUAGCUGUUUUUCCCCACGUUGUGUUCUUGCGUUGGUCGUCUGCAAGCUACAGCUAGAAGACCUGGGCAGUUUCAUCCUAGGCAUAGGGUGUCCCCCCAACCCCACCCUUCACUUGUUGCUUUUAGGGGGGAGAGAGACUCAGGUUUUCCCCAUUUCAAGAAAGUAGCUUGCCCUUGAUAGAGGCACCAGUUGAAUGGAUUCACACCUACAUUUCACGUGGUUUAGUAAUGGUUUGAGGGUGUCAUCUCCCCCACAUGCCUUUAGACGAGUGACUGCUCUAAAACAAGAGUGUGCAAAUGGAAUUCAGAACAGGAUCAGGAAUUGGGGAGAGGGGCACACACGGACAUCAAAGGCCAGCCCUGUGGUCCCUUGAGUGGUAGCAAAGGAGUCAUCAGUGGUGAGGAUCUGCCAGAAGUUGGGUUCUUCACCCAACCACUGACCAGAACCCUCCUCUCCUAUCUCAGCUGAGCUAGCCAAGGUUUGUAUGAGUUGAAGACUCCAACCCAGCUCGAGGCCGCUGGGUCGAGCAGAUCAGAGAGCCUCAAACCCUCCCUGACCAUCUCAGGCCGAUCCUGAUCUUCAGCAAAGAGGAAAUAACUUGGGAACGGCCUAGAAUCUCCAGGAUAGACCUGGGAAACUUCCAUCUGAAAGUUGGUGGCCUUGUGAAAUCCUUGCACCACCAUGUCAGAAGAGGUCCUCUGGAGCUUUUCUUGAUACCACCAUUCAUACGUGUGGUUUGCUAAGAAGGACCUGAUGAAUUGGAAGAAGCCGAAGCUUCUUGAGAUACCUCUGUUGGUCUCCAGUGGCCUGUCCCACCAACGAAUGGGUGAGGCAGUAGAGCUUGAUAUAUGGUGUUUUUUUCCCCUGGUGGGCAAAUUCUGUUCUCUAAAGAUAUUGGUCACACCUAAGCCAAACACUAUCUGGGACAAUUAACCAAAAGAGACCAAUUGAGAAAUGGUUGUUUUUCAUUUGACCUCCUUACACCACGGUUAAACUUCUUUCUCCUCCCCUUUUGAUUUUUUUUGAAAUCUAUUGAUUUUUUUUUGUCGUUGAUCAACCCAGCAGGCUGGUGUAACGUUGUGAAUUUUGGAGGGAGGUGUGGGGGGGUGUUGUUUAAAUCAUUGUUUCAUUGCUUAUAAUAGUAUGUUGUUGGGCUGUUGUUUUAUAACUAUGUCUUAAUUUGAGCAGGGAGAGAGGGAAGGAACCAGAGUUUCCACUUCUCUAGUUUCUCGGCUUCGUUGCGUUCCUUUGACAUUUUUUUUGGGGGGGGGGGUAGCACUCGCCCAUCCAACUGGGAUCAAAAGAACCAAGAGGCGGCAGAACUUCAAAACGGCACCCCCGAUUGAAGGAAGAGGGCACAGCUGGAUUCUGUUCUCCUUCCGCACAUGGUGCCAAAUAUAUCGACUCGUUUUGGGCUUGGUUCUGCAGCAAGGAAAAAAUAAACCCUCUUGGAUCUUUGGAGCAAAAGUUCUCAAGAGGAGCUAUUUUUUGGGAGAGGCGAGAAAACACUCCACAAACACACACAAAGGCCCCCCCUCCAAUUUUGCAAAAAAAAUGAGACCACGAGAGUAAUUCAUUUCCCAUGAAGAAUUUGACGAUCCCAUUGCAAAGAAAGCAUCUGUGUAGCUUGGUGCAAAACUAGCACGCUUCUCAGUCCCGUCCCGUAGCGCCUAAUCUCUUCAGAAAAUUUAUUCCCCUUUUUAUUAUUAUUAACACUGCUUUUAAUAGUUUGGGUCUCCGCAGUGACCCACUCCCAAAUGGCUUGCUUGCUUCUUUUUAUGAUAAUGAUGAUGAUGAUGAUGCUUCCUUCUGCAGUUCAAGUUCCCCCUUUGUAAAAAAUAAAAGUUUUAAAAGGAAAAAAAACGAAGUAAAACUUGAUCGAGGCAGCUGGGCUGCACUCAUGCUUGUAAAACCUCUGGAAGGUUAUCUCCUCCCAUUCCCGCUAGGUACGGAUCAGGACGCCCCCUCCUGGAGAGGGGAUCCACUGGAGAGCAGAUCUCUCCUUCAGGUGAUCUCAGGACCAGUUAGAAGAAAAUGCCAUUUCCCCAUAAGCAAGUUGGCUACCUUCUUUCUUAGGCUCUGUAGACAGAGCUGGUCUUUCUUAACGAGGCACAAUAAUUUCUCUUGACACCCAAACUUUGGGACUGUCUGGUUUUCCCCCUUGAAAAAAAAAUAAAUCUGAUUUUCCCCACCUAAGCCAACUUCAAAGCUGCAUAACCUUCCCCUCUUCCCUCGCCAGCUUCUAAGGACAAAGAUCCUUUUGCCCUGACUCCCAAAAUCAAACGAACUUGGAAUGUAAAAGAAUAAACUCGAAUAAAUUCUUCACCGUGCUUUAAGAAAGUGACAUUUUCUUAAGUUUGCCGUUGCUUUUUAAGCCCAUAUUUUUCAGGGGGUUGUUAAGAAGAGAGAGAGAGAAAGAAAAGAGAUCGCGUUUUAUUUUCUUGGAAAGCGAACGAAACUUUUUAAGAGAUUCGAAAGGCGCACGCGAUUUAUAUUCAGAUAUUUCUAUUAAGCAGGAAAUAUAUUUUUGGAAGAGAGAGAAAAAAAACCCAGGACUAUGCAAAAAUUUAAGGUAGAGAAUUGCCGGAAGAGAUAGUUUUGAUGUGUUCUGAACUUUGAAAUCUGAAAAGUAGAUUAAAACUCAAAUCCUUAAAAAGCAUUUAUAGAAAAGUUUUUUUUUUUAAAAAAAAUUCCUUCCACCCACCCCUGUUCUCUGUUUCCAAAUAUGUUUUCAAAAAGUGUUGAGCCCAGAGAAGAAUCCGUCAUAGAUCUGCACAUUCCCCCGUUUUAACUCGUUCUUCUAGUAUUUAUCAUUUUUUGUAUUGGAUGCUGUGCUGUCUUUGAUUCAAACAGUUUUGUAUUCUCUGUUACCUGGUAGAAAAGCCACAGUUAUAAAAAAGAAGAAAAAUCACUAUAAAAUCAAAUGUCGUGACGGUUUUGGAGGGGCAGAAAUAAAGAUUGGGUUUUCUUUGGUACAUCA